AUGACAGAUCAAUCAAAUCGAUUCAUCGUUGAAGAUGCUCUUGAUGAUGAUAAUAGUGUGGUUAGAUUGUCAUCGGAAACAAUGGAAAAAUUACAAUUAUUUUGCGGUGAUGCUGCUAAGUUCAAAGGAAGAAAACGACGGCAAACAGUUUCAUUGGUAUUAUCGGACGAUUCAUGCCAACAUGAUCGUAUACGAAUGAAUAAAGUCAUGCAGCAUAAUCUACGAGUUCAACCAGGUGAUAUUGUUACAUUUCAAGAAUGUCAACAUGUUAGUUAUGGUAAACGUGUUUAUAUUUUGCCGUAUGCUGAUCUUCUAAGUGAUAUUACUGAUGAUAUGUUAAACGAGCAUUUACAAUCUUAUUUUCGUGAUGCUUAUCGACCAGUUUACAUUGGCGAUACAUUCAAUCUUCAAAUAGGAACGAAUACAGUAGAAUUUAAAGUUAUAGAAACAGAUCCAAAUCCGUACUGUAUCGUCGCACCAGAAACAGUCAUUGACAACAAAGGUGAACCAAUCAGUCGAAUCGAAGAACAAUACUCCAGCAAUGAAGUUGAUUUUCUUGAUGUUGCUGGUUAUGACGAUAUCAAAAAGUGUUUACAAGAAAGUGUUCAGGGGAUUUUAAACUUUCAAAAUACCAACCACAAAUUUCUUACAUUCGGUCUACGAUUUCCAACNAAAUUGUAG